GUAUCUGCCCAAAGUGUAUAUAACUAUGAUGAAAACUCCAGUUGCUAGCUUUGCUGUUUAGAAACAACAAAAAGAAGAUGCUCUGUUGGAUUUCUGCAUGUUUGUUAGCUUCCCUACUGCUUCCAAAUGGUGAGUGCAGUCACAUCAUUGGAGGACGGGAAGCUGCUCCUCACUCUAGACCAUAUAUGGCUCUACUGGAUACAAAUGGAGAGCAAUGUGCUGGGACAUUAAUAAAAGCUGACUGGGUGUUAACUGCAGCUCACUGUGAAGUCAAUUCUUCAACUACAAUCAAACUGGGUGUCCACUCAAAAAAAAAAAAAGAUAAAUAUAUACAGAAGUUCAAGGUCUUGAGAAUCAUAAGACACAACUAUAAUGGGACCACAAUGGAUAAUGACAUUGAGCUUGUACAGCUGUCUUGCAAAGCAAAACUAAACAAAGCUGUGAAGAUUUUGCCAUUACCAAAGAAAUGUGAUGAUGUCAAAGAUGGGACUGUAUGUGACACAGCAGGAUGGGGUUCAACCAAAAAAAAUACUCUGCAACUGUCAGACAAGCUGAUGGAAGUCAGUCUUCCAGCAAUAAGCAGAAAGAAAUGUGCUGCAAUGUGGAAACCUUACCGAAUCACCCCAAACAUGAUGUGCACUCUUGAUGCGAGUGGAAAGGAAGAUGCAUGCCUUGGUGAUUCUGGAGGACCUUUAAUAUGCAAGAAAAUGUUUCGGGGAAUUGUUUCUUUUGGUCCAGAUCCAUGUGCGAACCCUAAACUACCAGGUGUCUACACAUUCCUCACCAAAGACUAUAUCAAAUGGAUUAAAAAGGAAAUAAAUAAGAAAACAAAUACUAUUAACUAGCCCUUGUGCUUUUAUAUCUGAAAAUACUGCUAGUUCCUCUUCCCUGAACUCCGUCCCCAUAGCUGAUUUUCCCCUCUGCUUACUAUAAUAUAAUACCCCUUUUCCAAUAUUUUCUGUUCUCUAAAUCUCCUUAAUUUGAAAUAGGGAUUUUUAGCAUUCAGAGCUCCUGAUUAUUACAUAUUAGCAAACAGCAGAUGCAUAAUUCUUUCUAUCAUCCUGAUCCCACCACAUACCCAAGAUUAGAGUUGAGCGAACCCGAACUGUAAAAUUCGGGUUCGGUACGGACUUUGGGUUUUUCCCGAAC